ACAAAACGCGGGCUUGGCUUUUUCACAGCCUUGCGUCAUGCCAGAUGUGUGGGCUUGCUCGGUCAUUGUCCCGCAGAAUGUGAAAGACAAGCCUGGCGUAACGCGCGAGCCACCGAAGAAGCGGACUCGUGCUCAGGAGGCUCGGGCGAUGAAGUCGGGCGCUGACGUUGAGGCUGAGAUCAAGAGCAAAGCGGGGAAGGUGUUCCUGGAUAUGUUUGGCGGGAGUGGCAGGGUGUCGACAGCGAUGUCUUCAGAGCACAAGCGACCAGCCAUCAACCUCGAGAUCAAGGAAGGGUACGACUUGACGCAGGGACCAGUGCAGGUGAGCAUCAUCCGCUGCAUCAGGGACCAGAAGGUGCAUGGCUUUCACCUGGCCCCGCCUUGUUCUACCUUCUCUCGGGCACGCCGGGGAAGGAGGUGCCCGAAAGCAGGUGGAGGCUGGCCACGUGCUCUCCGCUGCAAGGAGCACCCAUGGGGUAUGCAGAUGGCCAUGUCUCUUAAGGAGCAGAUGCAUUUGAAGGCCGGCAACUCUUGCCUGCAGGCUUCGCUCAGAGCCUUGAGGGCAGGCAGGGCAAAGCGGCUGCCUCGUGGACUCGAGCAACCACGCAGCUCGCUUAUGUGGGAGAUUCCGGAGCUGAAGGAGGAGAUGGCCGAUGCCAUUGUGGUGCAGGCUGACAUGUGCGGCUUCGGAGCUCGUUGGCGCAAGCCAACGCAGGUGGCGUUGUGGGACAUUGCUGAUCCCGUCGCAGCCAGAAAGUUCCUGCACAAGCGGUGCCGCUCAAAGCGAGCCCAAAAGGGGCAGCCCAUGCUGUGUGGACACACCAAGCUUCCCCAUGAGAUUCUGAGCGGCGUGCAUGACCCGAAGGCGAAACAUCGCCCUCGCUCCAAUUUCAAGACGAAAGCCGCCCAAGAGUAUCCCAUGGGUUUUGCCAAAGAACUGGCCCAGGCACUGGCAUGAAUCUUUAUGAUUGAGUCCUGC